GGUUGAAGAUGGCGGAUGAGAAUGAGACAGCACCGAUGCCGGAGAAAGAAGAUGUAGAGGACCACGGACACUGCAGCGACUGUGAAAACGAAGAGCACCACUCUGACGAUGGUGACAGGGGUCUGGGUGACGACACUGGUGCCAAGAAGAAGAAAAAGAAGCAGAAAAAGAAGAAGAAAUCUGGUGCCACAGAAGCUGCUCAGGACCCCCUUGCCAAGGUGAAUUCAUUGCCAGCUGAUAAGCUCCAGGAGAUCCAAAAGGCCAUUGAACUGUUCUCUGUCGGCCAAGGCCCUGCCAAAACCAUGGAGGAGGCCACUCGGAGGAGUUACCAGUUCUGGGACACGCAGCCUGUGCCCAAGCUAGGGGAGACUGUGACAUCACACGGAUCCAUCGAACCUGACAAAGACAACAUUCGUGAGGAGCCCUACAGCCUCCCGCAGGGCUUCAGCUGGGACACCCUAGACUUGGGGAACACUGGUGUGCUCAAGGAACUUUACACCCUUCUCAACGAGAAUUAUGUUGAAGAUGAUGACAACAUGUUCCGAUUUGACUACUCCCCCGAGUUCCUGCUCUGGGCCCUGCGGCCCCCUGGCUGGUUGCCCCAGUGGCAUUGUGGGGUGAGAGUGAACUCCAACCAGAAGCUAGUAGGCUUCAUCAGUGCCAUUCCUGCUUCCAUCUCUAUCUACGACAUAGAAAAGAAAAUGGUAGAGAUCAAUUUCCUCUGUGUCCACAAGAAGCUUCGCUCCAAACGAGUUGCUCCGGUUCUGAUAAGAGAAAUCACCAGACGGGUCAACCUGCAGGGCAUUUUUCAGGCAGUUUACACUGCUGGAGUGGUACUGCCCAAACCUGUGGGCACAUGCAGGUACUGGCAUCGCUCUUUGAACCCACGCAAGCUAAUCGAGGUGAAGUUCUCCCACCUGAGCAGGAACAUGACGAUGCAGCGCACCAUGAAGUUGUACCGUCUUCCUGACACUCCGAAGACUUCCGGCCUGCGGACGAUGACCAAGAAGGAUGUCCCAGUUGUGCAUCGCCUCCUCCGUGAGUACCUGAGCCAGUUCAACCUGGUGCCCGCCAUGAACCAGGAAGAGGUAGAACACUGGCUGCUGCCCCGGGAGAAUAUUAUCGACACUUACCUGGUGGAGAACGAUGGCAAGGUAACAGAUUUCUUGAGCUUCUACACACUGCCCUCUACCAUUAUGAACCACCCUCUGCACCGCAGCCUAAAAGCAGCGUACUCCUUCUACAACGUGCACACCACCACCCCCAUUCUCGACCUGAUGUCUGACGCCCUCAUCCUGGCCAAAUCGAAAGGGUUUGAUGUCUUCAAUGCACUGGAUCUAAUGGAAAACAAGACUUUCUUGGAGAAGCUUAAGUUCGGCAUCGGUGAUGGAAACCUACAGUAUUAUCUGUACAAUUGGAAGUGUCCCAGUAUGGGCUCAGAAAAGGUUGGGUUGGUACUGCAGUGACAUCCCUUUACGCCACAAACAAGUGUCACCAACAGGCCAGGAGAUGGCACCAUGGCACAGACCACCGGACAGAUGGACUGAUGACUUCCUGCUUCAGGAAAGGAAAAAAAAAAAAAAAACACCCACCGCCCAUUUUUACUUUUUGAACUUUGACCUGCACUACCGCUGCCAGGCAGGGAGGAGGGAGAGCCUCGCUGCUCUUCCUCCUCCCUCGAUCACAUGGACCUUAAGCCAUUGUUACCAUCACAAACAGCUGUAUUUCAUCUGAGAGCUGUCUUGAUUGUACACAUACACACAAGAACAGUUUGCACAGAUUACUGUAUAUCAAACACUCACUGUUGGCAUACCUACGAAACGUACAAUACAUGUAAAUAAUAUCAAACAUUACUGAGGAUUAUGCCCUAACACAUGCAGACUAGAACCUACUGUUCUGUUUGAUUCCUAAACGUUGGAAGUGCUUUUUGCAAUUAAAGUAAAUCUGUCAUCCUUAAGUUUUAGAGAUUAAAAAAAAAAAAAGAAAGAAGAAUCAAAAUGAUGAAAAAUUAUUUUAAAGAGGAAAAGGUUAAAAAAUGCGAGGUAAUAAAUACCAAAAGUGGACACCAGGAUAAGGGCUUCUGUUAAAAUGUUUCUUGUCAUGCUUUACCCUGUCUCAUCAAACCCUCUGUCAUUAUGGAUAAGAUGUUUCCUCAUCUGUAUUAACUGUCAUGACCUCAGCGUACUGCACUAACAGAAGAAGCCCUGAAACACAGACUGGUGUCAGUGGACCGGCUCAGUUGGAGGUUUGGACGAGGCUUGGACUCCCACGCGGAGGUUGAAUGCAUUCUGAUGGGGUUUUACACAACACAUGGCAGGAAUUGGAUUUGUAAUGACGCCUCUUGAUUUUAACUGUGCUCCAGUUUCUAUGUCCACCCGUAUGGGCUCUCAGGUUUUGUCAAAUGUUCCUGAAAAAGUCUGCAAGAGCUUAGGUUACAAUGGAAAGUGUUUGAGGGUGAUUUUUAGGACUUUGUCCUCAUUUGCUUUAGGGAAUCGCACAGUAAGUCUUAAAGAUUAAUAUAAUAAAAUGCAAAGAUGAGGAAAAACUGAAAGAUCUGGCAAGUUUGAAUGCACGGACUGUGUUUAGCUCCGAGGGAAUUGAUGGUUUGAUGUGGUCAUCACCUAUAUUAUGCUUUUAUGAGCUUUAUUUAGAAAGUGAAACAAUAUAAAGUAUGAGCACUGCAGGUAACAUUACAGCAUUUGGAGCUCUACACUCAUCAUGCAGGUGAUGUCAGUUUAAAGUCUUGAUGUUAGAGCCGGGCUGGUGUAAAGCCGUCUGGACUUCCAGGACAUUGUGCAGCGUGAGAGUGGUGGUGAUGAUGAUGAUGACUGGGGACGUGCCCCACUUAAAGUGUUUCUAAUGUAAAAUGCUGGUUCUAUUUAAAAACUGAUGUAAAAGAAGAAUGGGUCUCGUGGUGUUUUGAUGCAGGAAAAAAAUGUGAAGAUGC